AUGGAUCCACCUGUCACCAGAAGCUGCGAGAGGAAUCCCCACGCUCCCUCCAUUCUCUGGGAAUGCCUGAACCGCCCUCUCGGCCAGAACGACCCGGCCAACUUCCCUCAGCCUAUUCUGCCUCCGAAACCAGGUUUGGGCUACCUGGAUUUCUCGGUCCCCUGUGAGGCUGCGGCUCCUCAGAGCCUUCCUCGCGCUGAGCGCGCUUUCGAGGAACCUGGCGUAUCCUUCCAGCCGCCGGCCUGGCACGUGGCGGCUUCUGAGAUGGUACCGCCGGCGAAGUUGGCUUCGGGGCCAGGAGGCAGCCAAAGAUCCAGCAAAAAUAACCUCCUCGCGAGGAAUGUGGCAAGCGGCGCUGAGAAUAAAGCAGCCAAUUGGAGAGUGGAAAACGCAGGGAAUGAGACUGGGUUCUGGUUUGCUACAGCAGAUGUGGCUGCUCAGUGGCGUGAUGGUAGUCAGAGAACAAAGAGCCAGGUUGCUGUCCGCAGCAACCCUACAACCGCCCCAAAGAAAGAAGGUUCCAGAGCACGGAAGGAGCGCACAGCAUUUACUAAGAGUCAGCUGCAGGAGCUUGAGAUGGAAUUUAUUCACCACAAUUAUCUGACAAGGCUGCGCAGAUAUGAGAUUUCUGUGAAUCUUAAUUUGACCGAAAGACAGGUUAAAGUGUGGUUUCAGAACCGCAGGAUGAAGUGGAAACGUGUGAAAGGACUGCCGGUGUCACCCCAGAACAAAACGGGAGAAGUGAAGCCUGCUGUCUCGACUCCAGAGUAG